AUGCAAAUCUUUGUUAAGACCUUGACUGGAAAGACUAUCACUUUGGAGGUUGAAUCUUCGGACACUAUCGACAACGUCAAGUCCAAGAUUCAGGAUAAGGAGGGUAUCCCACCCGACCAGCAGAGACUUAUUUUUGCUAGUAAGCAACUUGAAGAUAGCCGCACCCUAUCCGACUACAACAUUCAAAAGGAGUCGCUUGGGGAAACAAGCAGCUCGUGA